AUGUCCACACAAUCCCACGCUGCACUGCUCACAGAAUGGACUCCAACGGUGAUGGCAAAGAGGAAUGGACAGAGGAGCAAUGGGAGAAAUGUGGCCCUCAUCUCCCCUCUCUUAUUUUCUCAUUCACUCUCUUCUCUGACUGACAGCCGAUCUUUCCAAUCCCUGCAGGAUCAUGUGAUCCAGGCACACAAUAGCAGCCUGGACGAGGUGGAGGCAGGCGCAGCGGGUCAGAUCCAGGCAGAGACACAUCCUUCACAUCUUACUGAUGCUGCACACAGGAGCCAAAGAGUGGCUUGUCGAGCAUCAAUGGAUUCUGCCGUUCCUGUCAGCAUGGAUGCCUACCGUCCAAAACGACCCACCACUCUCAACUUAUUCCCACAGGUGCCGCGGACUCAGGACACUUUAAACAACAACUCAUUUGCGAAGAAGUACAGCUGGCAGCAGAAAAUCUCCCAGACCUUGCCGCCCCUUAAAACAGGUGAACUCGCGCCAUCUCGCGAACACACGUGUCUGAGCGAUGAGGAGAAGCACCACACUGCUCAGAGUCGGACUCAAAUGAAGGACUGCGGCACCUCGACCGACAAACCCAACAGUUGCCCCUCCAAACACACUCAAGCUCCUGCCCCACCAUACAAAGCCAGAGACGUGCACAGAGAAGCGGGCCACUGCGAACGCAUCCGAUAUCACACAGACGUUAGGCUGGAGCCUACGGAGGAGAUCUUUCUGACGCCGAUACAGCGCUGCACUGAGGCUCUGGAGCACGAGAGAACGCCGGCGCUUUCCCAAGUAAUCCCAGACAGCUCUGACAAUGAAGCUCCCCCUCCGUACAGCAAACAGGAUCUGCAGCCGCCUUCAUAUUCCUCUUGUGUGGAGGCUUUGGCUGCUGUGGCCCCUGACAGUGAAGCAGAAGAAGCAACUGGAGCGGAAGAUCUGUGUUACGGAGACUGCGGCGCAGGCGAGGCUCACGCGCACCGCGAGGGUUUGUCGGGAAUGCUGCGGACUUCCAUGAGCAACUCGGACGCAAGCGGACUUUCCUACGAUUCGGUGAAAUACACGCUGGUCGUGGACGAGCACGAUCAGCUGGAGCUCGUCAGCUUGAAAGAGUGUUAUCGCGGAUACAGCGACGACAGCGACUCGGCCACCGUCUACGAUAACUGCGUCUCCUCUCCAUACGAGUCAGCUCUUGAGAAAGAGGAUGAGGAGAACGAGAAUGAAGACGGGGGAAGAAAACAAAGCGGGAUCAAACAGGACGCUUCGACGUGUCUGUCAGAGGAUUCCACGCCUGAAGCCGACAUGCAGUUUUCUCGGAAAUUUGUUAACGUUUUCAUGAACGCCUGCUCACGCUCUUCCAGUACAGAAUCGUUUGGCUUGUUUUCCUGCGUAAUCAAUGGAGAAGAGAGAGAACAGACUCACAGAGCCGUGUACAGGUUUGUCCCUCGUCAUGAUGACGAGCUGGAGCUGGAGGUCAGUGACCCUCUGCUGGUGGAGCUGCAGGACGAGGAUCACUGGUGCGAGGGCUACAACAUGAGAAGCGGAGCACAUGGCAUCUUUCCCGCUUAUUACGCCACUGAGGUCUUCAAGGAGCAAGAGCUUGCUUCAAAUGCAAAAAGUACUGAAUGGAUGGAGAGAUAUACGAUGAAAUUCCUCGGCUCGGCUCAAGUGCUGAAUCACAAAGGCAAUGAUGUUUUGUGUGCAGCUAUGCAAAAGAUUGCGAUGAACAGGAGACUGACUGUGCUUUACAAUCCUCCCUCAUCCUGCGUCCUGGAGAUCAACGUGAAGGGACUGAAACUCACGGUGCAGGAUGAUUUCGACUUGAGCAGCCAAUAUAGUCACUUUUUCCAUUUGAAAAACGUCUCAUUCUGUGGCUAUCAUCCCAGAAACAAGAAGUAUUUUGGCUUUAUUACCAAACAUCCAGCGGAUGAGAGGUUCGCCUGUCACGUCUUUGUGUCUGAGAACUCCACCAAACCGCUUGCAGAGUCUGUGAGGAAAGCUUUCCAGUUGUACUAUAAAGAGUUUGUGGAGGUCUCGUGUCCAACAGAAGACAUCUACCUGGAAUAAUCUCGGACUACAACACAGCAGUGUAUAUUACGACUAUGCUACAUGAGUAUAUGGGAAAUAAUAAUAUGUAUAUAA